AAUGGUUACAGAAGGAAUGAUGGACAUCAAAAAGCUAAUACAGGGGAAAAGCCAUUGUCAUGUUUAGAGUGUGGGAAAUGUUUUACUUAUAAAUCAAAACUUGUUAGAAAUCAAGGAACUCACAGAGGAGAGAAGCCAUUUUCAUGUUCAGAAUGUGGAAAAUGGUUUACUGGGAAAUCAAGUCUUCUUCUACAUCAAAGAACUCACACAGGAGAGAAGCUAUUUUCAUGCUCAGAAUGUAGAAAAUGUUUUACUCAGCAAUCACAUCUUGUUGCACAUCAAAGAACUCACACAGGGGAGAAGCCAUUUUUAUGUUCAGAAUGUGGAAAAUGUUUUACUAAUAAAUCGCAACUUGUUAAUCAUCAAAGAACUCACACAGGAGAGAAGCCAUUUUCAUGUGCAGAGUGUGGGAAAUCUUUUACUGACAAAUCAAGUCUUGUUAAUCAUCAAAGAACUCACACAGGGGAGAAGCCAUUUUCAUGUGCAGAGUGUGGAAAAUGUUUUACUUAUAAAUCAGAACUUGUUAGACAUCAAAGAACUCACACAGGAGAGAAGCCAUUUUCAUGUUCAGAAUGUGGAAAAUGUUUUACUCAGCAAUCACAACUUGUUAAACAUCAAAUAACUCACACAGGAGAGAAGCCAUUUUCAUGUUCAGAAUGUAGAAAAUGUUUUACUCAGAAAUCACAUCUUGUUAAACAUCAAAGAACUCACACAGGGGAGAAGCCAUUUUCAUGUGCAGAGUGUGGGAAAUGUUUUACUGAGAAAUCAAGUCUUGUUAACCAUAAACUAACUCACACAGGGGAGAAACCAUAUUCAUGUUCAAAAUGUGGGAAAUGUUUUUCUCGAAAAUCAAGACUUGUUAAACAUGAAAAAACUCACACAGAGGAGAAGCCAUUUUAAUGUGCAGAGUGUGGGAUAUGUUUUACUGUGAAAUCUAAUCUUCUUAAACAUGGAACUCACACAGGUGAGAAGGCAUUUUCAUGUGCAGAAUGUGGGAAAUGUUUUACUGAGAAAUCAAGUCUUUGUAAACAAACUCGCACAGGGGUAAAACCCUAUUCAUGUUCAGAAUGUGGGAAAUGUUUUUCUCACAAAUCAAGUUUUAAACAUGAAAGAACUGUUCAAGACCUUGAGCCCCAAUUUAUUUCUAUUUAUUUAUUCAUUUAUUUUGUCACCUUGGGUAUAGGUGUCUUAAUUGGGCAGCCCAGGUCACAUGGUCGCUCGAGUGACAAGAGCCUCUCCAAAUCUCAGCAUAUGGCUACUCAGGAGCCUGCACGUAAAAGGAGAGGGGGUCAGCCACAUUCCAGCCAACAGGUCUCUGAGUCCUCCUCCUCGGAAUCCGAGACUUCAGAGUCAUCAUCUGACUCAGAGGAUGCCAUCACUGAAGACAAUUAUUUGUUCAGGAAAGAACAGACAGACAAGUUGAUCAAGGCAGUAAAAAACACUAUGAAGGUAAAGCAAGGCGAGUCUUCAACACAAGACAAGGACAGCCUGUUUUACUUCCCAAAGAAGAAAUACAGGACAUUUUCGGGCCAUCCAAUGCUUAAAACCAUCAUGGAGAGAGAAUGGGUAAAGCCAGAAAAAAGAGUUGACCUUGGAUCAAGGUUCAAAGCAGUCUACAAACUAGAUCCUGCGGAUUCAGAGCAGUGGGAAAGUCCUGGUAAAGUUGACGCCACAGUGGCAAAACUCUCCAAAAAGACACUGUUACAGUCUGAAGAUUCCUCUGUUCUCAAAGAUUCUCUGGACAGGAGGAUGGAUGUCCUACUGAAAAACGGAUAUCUGAAUUCAGCCGCACUGUGUAAGACAGCGCUUGCAACAGUUCCUGUAUCCAGAGCUCUGAGAUUGUGGCUUAGUCAGCUAGGUCGAGACAAUGAGCAGAGGGCGCCAAGGGAGGAACUAUAUCGGCAGGUUACUUCGCUAAAGACAGUUGCAGAGUUCCAAUGCAGCAAGAAGAGCAGUGUUGCUAAAGCCAUGUCUGAAGCACUUUCCGAAGGAGACCGUUCCAUAGCAGGGACAGAAGAUUCGGAAGAGGUCAGCAGACCAAAGGAAAGAAAAAACAGCCGGAGGGUUCUCAGUCCAAAACGGAUUUCUGAAGCCAGAGGUCAGAUCACGGUCGGCUCAAGACUUUUACGGUUCCUGCCUGCUUGGGAAGAUAUCACGACCGACAAAUGGGUCUUAAGUGAUGUCAGAGCAGGAUACAAGCUGAUUUUUCUUAAUCAUCCUCGGGAAAGGUUUGUGUUCAACUGUCCGGAAAAUCUGGUUAUUUUUCAGUUAAUCCGAGAAUUCCUUCAAAAAGAGGCUCUGGAAGAAGUUCCUCAAGAAGGGAGAGGUCAAGGCAUCUUCUCACGGGUCUUUCCAGUUCCCAAGCCGCAAAACAAGUUUCGGCUGGUGAUCGACCUCAGAUUUUUCAAAAAAUUUCUAAAGAAAGAAAAGUUCAAGAUAGAGACUAUAAGAUCUGCAAUCCAUCUUAUACAAAAAGGUUCUUUCAUGGCGUCCAUAGAUCUUAUGGAUGCUUAUCUGCACGUGCCGAUUCACCCUGCUUCAAGGAAAUAUCUCAGGGUGGCUAUCAAGAUGGAACAAGGGGUACAACACUAUCAAUUCCACUCUCUACCGUUUGGGGUGUCUUCGGCGCCCAGGGUGUUCACAAAAGUGGCCAUAGCAGUGGUGGUGGCUCUUCGUCUUCAAGGGAUACACCUGGUGCCCUACUUGGACGACUGGCUCCUGAUAGCAGAUUCUUCGGAGGAGUUGGAACAUCACCUACAGUCGACUUUACGGAUGUUACAGGAGGUUAUCACAGCAUACGAGGAACAGUCUCAAAUGGUGGCUGGUCAAGAAAAAUCUUCAGGAUGCAGCUUGAAACCUUCAGACAGUAUCCUGGUUACAACAGAUGCCUCGAAGUUGGGCUGGGGAGCCCACGUAGCAGAUCUGUGGGUGCAGAGGUGUUGGUCCCAAGAAGAAUCAUGGAUGUCAUCCGACCUGCGAGAAAUGAGGGCGAUGGAGUCUGCCGGACUUCCAUAUGAUGGCCACACGAGAGAUUCUGAAGAUUUCCAGAUUUGCUUCCCUAAAUCACCAGGAUCAUCCGGACAUCUUGAAUGCCCUCACAAUUUCGUAGCAAGGUCUCCACAUUUAUCUGUUUCCCCCUCCAGUGAUGAUAGGUCGGGUGAUCAGGAAGAUACUGACGGACAAGCCGGAUGUCAUCCUGAUAGCUCCCUACUGGCCGAGGAGAGUAUGGUUUCCAAUACUUCUGCGGAUGUCGAGGGGCAGGUGCCUCAAGUUUCCUCCCCACAGAGAUCUCCUGGUCCAGAAAGGCUUUCAUCAUCCACGGCCAGAGAAACUGCACUUUACUGCAUAGAGUUUGAGAGCGCUAAAUUCCGGAUGACUGGUUUGUCAGAAGAAGUCAUAUCCACUCUUCUAGCGGCAAGGAGAAAAUCCACCAAUGCUCUGUACUCCAAGCUUUGGAGAAAGUUCACAUCUUGGAGACAGGAGAAGAGUCGGGAUGAGGUGUCCUUGCCAGUUAUCUUAGAGUUCCUGCAGGAUGGCUUCAACAAAGGUUUGAGACCCAACACCUUAAGAGUCCAUAUGACUGUGAUCAACUCUUUCAUGGAUGGAAGAUUUGCUAAUCAUCCGGUAAUAGCAAGAUUCUUCAAAGCCUUGAAACAACUAAGACCAGUAAUCCGUCCUCCAGUCUCUACGUGGGAUCUCACUCUCGUCCUAAGAGCCCUGACAAUGCCUCCCUUUGAGCCUCUACAAGAAGUUUAUCUGAAAUGGUACCUGCCAGAACCACAAGAUGAAGAAGAAAGGCUCCUACAGAAUCUGGAUGUCUCGUCGGCUCUGUCAUGUUACCUGGACAGGACGAAGGAGUUCCGGGUAGAUGAAAACCUGUUCAUCCAGUUUGUUGGAGCCAGAAAAGGGAAAAAAGUUGCCAAGGAUAAAAAAAAAGUUGCCAUCUCGGACGAGAUGGCUGAAGUCCGCUAUUCUGGAGGCCUACAAAAAGGCGGAAAAGAAGAAGAAGAUCUGAUCAAUAAUAAUGCUACAGACAUAAAGGAAGAAGAGACAGAUGUGAGCAUUGAUGAGCAGUAUAAGGAGGACAUUUCUACAGAAAAAGAUCUGAUCUAUAAUAAUGCUCCAGACAUAAUAGUAAAAGCAGAAGAGACAGAUGUGAGCGGUGAUGAGCAGUUUAAGGACAUUUCUACAGGUAACCACCCAGAUUCUUGUACCAGGAGAUCAGAGGAGAAUCUUAUAUCUUCAGAUUAUAAAGCAGAUGAUGAUAUCACACAAGAUACAUAUGAAGAACAUUCCAUUAUCCCAGAUACACCCUCAGCCCUUCACAGCCAAGAUCUGUCAUCUCAUCCUUAUAUACAGGUCCUGUCUUCUCAGUCAUCACAGGAUGUUCAGCAAAAUAAAAGUCACAGAAGGGGUGUUGGACAUCAGAAAGAUUGUGCAAAGGAAAGGCCAUAUUCAUGUUCAGAAUGUGGAAAGUGUUUUACCAAGAAAUCAAAUCUUGUGAGACAUAAGAGAAGCUACAAAGGAGAGAAGCCGUUUUCAUGUCCACAAUGUGAGAAAUGUUUUACUGGGAAACAAGGCCUUGUUCGACAUCAAAGAACUCACACAGGAGAGAAGCCAUUUCCAUGUUCAGAAUGUGGGAAAUGUUUUACUCAGAAAUCAUACCUUGUUGUACAUCAAAGAACUCACACAGGAGAGAAGCCAUUUUCAUGUUCAGAAUGUGGGAAAUGUUUUACUUAUAAAUUAGACCUUGUUGUACAUCAAAGAAAUCACACAGGAGAGAAGCCAUUUUCAUGUUCAGAAUGUGGAAAAUGUUUUGCUUUUAAAUCAUGUCUUGUUGUACAUGAAAGAACUCACACAGGAGAGAAGCCAUUUUCAUGUUCAGAAUGUGGGAAAUGUUUUAAUUAUAAAUCAGGUCUUGUUGUACAUCAAAGAACUCACACAGGAGAGAAGCCAUUUUCAUGUUCAGAGUGUGGGAAAUGUUUUGCUCAGAAAUCAGAUCUUGUUAAACAUCAAAGAACUCACACAGGGGAGAAGCCAUUUCCAUGUUCAGAAUGUGUGAAAUGUUUUACUCAGAAAUCAGACCUUGUUUUACAUCAAAGAACUCACACAGGAGAGAAGCCAUUUUCAUGUUCAGAAUGUGGGAAAUGUUUUGCUCAGAAAUCAGAUCUUAUUAAACAUCAAAGAAUUCACACAGGGGAGAAGCCAUUUCCAUGUUCAGAAUGUGUGAAAUGUUUUACUCAGAAAUCAGACCUUGUUUUACAUCAAAGAACUCACACAGGAGAAAAGCCAUUUUCAUGUUCAGAAUGUGGGAAAUGUUUUGCUCAGAAAUCAGACCUUGUUGUACAUAGAAAAACUCACUCAGGAGAGAAGCCAUUUUCUUGCGCAGAAUGUGGGAAAUGUUUUGCUCAGAAAUCAAUUCUUGUUAAACAUCAAAUAACUCACACAGGGGAUAAGCCAUUUUUAUGUUCAGAAUGUGGCAAAUGUUUUACUCGCAAAUCAGACCUUGUUGUACAUCGAAAAACUCACACAGGAGAGAAGCCUUUUUCAUGUUCUAACACAGGGGAGAACAUGAAGCAGAGCAAAAAAUUAUGCAAAUAACACAUCUAUAUAUUAACCAUGUACAUAGGAUAGUU